AAUGCCUUUAAUUUAAGAACUGUGGUGGUGCAGUGGUUAUAAUGCAAUACUGUAGGCCAGUGGUUCCCAAAGUGGGUGGUACUGCCCCCUGAGGGGCGAUGGGAUGACUUUGGGAGACGUUAAGAGGCAAGAGGGGCAGCAGGGGGCUCUAGGAGGCAAGAGAGGUGGUAGAAGAGUGUUGGAGGUGGCCCCCUUGCAGGGCGCAAUUCUGGUAGGACAAAUUAUGGGCAGUUCGGAGAACCGGUAAAAUGCACCACAGACUGGCUCCGCCCUCACCUCCCGCUCCUCCCACUCACUCCUUUUCAUACCUCGCCUGCCUAGAGGCACAAGUGCUGCUGCUGCUGCUCCCUGGUUCCCUCGCUUAUCUCAACCACACAGCCCAGCAGAUCUCUGCCUGAGCAGGAAUGACAGAAGCAGAAAAAUCAAAGAAGAAAUGUAGACAAUAUAGUGUGGAAUAUCUGAAGUAUGGAUUUAUACCAGCAUCAUCAAACCAGCAGCUGCCACAAUGCCUACUGUGUGAAAAAGUAUUUUCUAAUGAGGCAAUGAAGCCUUCCACACUGAACAUUUGAAGAAGGUACAUCCUGACAAGGCAGACAAGAACCUAACUUUUUUUCAAUCACUUCGUGACAACUUCCAAAAGUGUCCAACACUGUCACGCAUGUUUUACAAUGCUUCCCAACGAAACACUGAUGUUUUGCAUGCAUCAUACAACAUUACAUUGCUGAUUGCUAAGUCUGGAAAGCCACAUACUAUUGGUGAAGAACUCAUCCUACCAGCCAUUAAUGAGGUUCUGAGUAUUGUUUUGCAUAGGUCUCCACAUAAUAUAAUUAAGACAAUUCCUCUCAGCAACAAUUCAGUGCAAAGAUGCAUAGAUGAAAUGGCUGAGAAUGUGGAAGAUGUAUUGUGCAGCAUACUACAGACAACAGACUUUGCAUUACAGUUGGAUGAAUCAACUUUGCCAGGCAAUGAAUCUUUGCUUCUUGCUUAUGUGUGCUUUAUUAAAGACGAAAGUUUGACUCAAGAGUUAUUUGCGAGGCAACUAAAAACAGAUACUAAAGGGGAGUCAAUAUUUCAUGUUGUUGAGCAGUUUUUCAAAGACAAGGAAAUUCCAUUUACCAACAUGCUAGCUUGUGCAACUGAUGGAGCACCAUCCAUGACUGGUCGCUACUGUGGGUGCGUUGUUUACUUGAAAAAAGCUGUGCCAAACAUCUUUACCAUUCACUGUGUCAUUCAUCGCCAACAUCUGGUUGCAAAAAACCUCAGUGAUCGCUUUUACAAGUCAAUACUGUCAUUACUGCAGUUAACAAAAUUAAAGUACAUGCUUCUCAAUGAUCGACUAUUCAGAGAGCUCUGUGUUGAGAAUGAUGAAGAUUUUGAUCGUUUGCUGCUUCAUACAGAAGUUUGUUGGCUAUCAAAAGGCAACUAUGUGAGACACUUCUACAAUCUUUUGAACACUGUUGUGGAGUUUUUUGAAGACAAGAAUGCUUUGCUCAGUGGUGAACUCAAAGAGAUCAGGCAUGACAUUGCUUAUUUAUCAGAACUAUUUGCAAAGUUCAAUGAAGUGAAUUUGCAGUUUUAAGGAAAUUAGGUCAAUUCUUAUUAAGGCCAAAUCUAUCAUCUCUACAUUUAUUUCAAAGUUAAAUCUAUUCAAGCGCAAUAUAGGCCGUCACGAGCUAUUCCAAUUUCCGAGCUAGAAGAGAAAGGGAUACAAGAUGGUGAUCUUUUUGUGACCAUUUGGACAUGCUGCAUAAAGAUAUG